AGCAGUGGGCCACGGUUGGCUGCGUAGUAUCACGUGACCUACCAAGAAGAUGGCGGCGCCGGUGGAUGAGGAGUUUGAGGAUGCUCCGGACGUGGAGCCCCUGGAGCCCACACUCAGAAAUGUCAUAGAGCAGCGCUCCUUGAGAUGGAUCUUUGUUGGUGGAAAAGGGGGAGUGGGCAAGACUACCUGCAGUUGCAGCCUGGCAGUGCAGCUGUCUCGGAUACGAGAGAGCGUUCUGAUCAUCUCUACAGACCCCGCUCAUAAUAUUUCUGAUGCCUUUGACCAGAAGUUCUCCAAGGUCCCUACCAAAGUCCGGGGCUACGACAACCUCUUUGCUAUGGAGAUAGACCCGAGCCUCGGCGUGGCGGAGCUUCCCGAUGAGAUAUUUGAGGAGGACAACAUGCUGAGCAUGGGGAAGAAGAUGAUGCAGGAGGCGAUGAGCGCCUUCCCUGGGAUCGACGAAGCCAUGAGCUACGCGGAGGUGAUGAGGCUGGUGAAAGGCAUGAAUUUCUCGGUCGUGGUCUUUGACACGGCGCCCACCGGACACACGCUGCGGCUGCUUAACUUCCCCACGAUAGUGGAGCGGGGCCUCGGGAGGCUCAUGCAAAUCAAGAAUCAGAUCAGUCCGUUCAUAUCUCAAAUGUGUAAUAUGCUUGGCCUUGGAGAUAUGAAUGCCGAUCAGCUCGCGUCCAAGUUGGAAGAGACCCUCCCUGUCAUCCGAUCGGUCAGCGAACAGUUUAAGGACCCGGAACAGACGACGUUUAUCUGCGUGUGCAUCGCUGAAUUCCUAUCCCUGUACGAGACUGAACGGCUGAUCCAGGAACUGGCGAAAUGUAGCAUAGAUACCCACAACAUCAUCGUGAACCAGCUGGUGUUCCCCGAGCCAGAGAAACCCUGCAGGAUGUGUGAGGCCAGACACAAGAUCCAGUCCAAAUACCUCGACCAGAUGGAGGACCUUUAUGAAGAUUUCCACAUCGUGAAGCUUCCUCUUCUUCCACACGAAGUCCGAGGGGCUGAAAACGUCAACACCUUUUCCAACCUUCUCCUGGAGCCGUACACCCCCCCCAGCGCCAAAUGACUGGGGUGGAAGAAGGAGAGCGAUGCGUCGCCCAUCACCGCUUAAACACUACAUCAGCUUUAAGUAAAAAGAAGGCCAAGCAGAUCCCUCGAGGGGUCACCCCGUCAGCGAGCGCCCCCCCAUCCCAAAUCCCCUUCCCGGGGGAAUCUAUUUAUUCGUUCAGGAGGGAGGGGAAACGAUCUUCUUGGCCUCCGAUCUUUCCGGGGUCUCCCCUUUACGGAUAGUUUGUGUUUCUGCUCUUUGACUUCAUGAUUCAUUAGUGCAGGUGGAUCAUUGCCGACCCUGUACCGAGUAUAGUUAAAUCAGUGAAGCCCUUUGAUUUAUGUGUUAUGGAGGGUCAGCUCAGCCCCUCCCUAAUGAAUAGUGAAGUGGGAGAGCUAAGACCACAACUCUCCUUUUAGUGAAUAAGCUCCGCGGCCUACCGUUCCACGUCUCUCAUCUCCACUAACUCGGUAUCAAUACAGAGCAUAUUUAAUCCAUAACCCGCAGAUCCGCCUCACCCUUCCCGGGAGAAACCUGUAGAACUAAUAAGAUGGGGGCAAGUAUUAAAUUAAAUUCUGUUUAUAAAA